UACUGCUGUCCUCUAAACGACAGUCGCUGCUUCAACAGGCAAGCAAGGCUACCCAAAGCUAAGGCAGCCAUCUGUUCAAUCGGACAGGCUAACAGAGAGGGUUCGAAACGUUGACUGCGACAAAACUUGCAAGAGUUAAUGUCCUUGUUAAUGACGUCAUGGAUUGAGCCUCUCGUGCAUCACUAAUGACUUUUUUCCCGGAGUCGGCAGUUUCUUGCACUUAAACAAGAAUGUCGGAAUAUAAACUGGUUCAUAUGAUGGAUCACUCUAAACCUGCCGGUCAACUUCCCCCUCAAGAGCGACUACUUACAUGAAGCUCAAGUUGGUGUGUCAGGCUCAAGAGAACUUGUCAAGGCAAGGAAAGGUCGUGAAGCUGAAAGAGACAACGUUUCCAACUGUCUCGCCCUUAACAACUUGAAUAUAGUGCUAGAUUUUGGCGUGACUGUCGACACUACCGACAUUAUGUCUGAUUCUGAACAGCAGAGUUUGUACAGAGAAUCCUUGCCCUCAGCAUGGCAUGACGAGAGUGUUGAUAAAGACGUUGGAGCAGCGUUGUUUUCGAAGAAACCUUUUUGGUCUAUUAACGAUUCAGACGGACCUUCAGAGAAAGAAGGCUGCCGAAUACGUUGGAGUGAGAAGCAACGCCCUACAAACAGCUAUAAAUCAGUCUAUUACACGAAGAGAUCGACAGCUUGUAGGAGUCGUUCAGAGGAAAGUAUCAGUGUAGCCUUGAGUGAUGCAGAAGGCAUAUCCCUGACAACGACAAACGCCACUAUUCAAACUGCAGGUGGAAACUUUUCUCAAAAGAUUAGACACCAGAACAGUACAGGAACAUACGGCGGUGUCGAUGAAGAGAGAAACGUCCGGAUUAUUGCUGAACAAAUCAGAUACAACGUCUUUGGAGAUAAUGAGUGUACCACAAAAGCCACAACAAUCGGCGCUGGUCAAUUAGAUAGUAGCAAAGCCGCAUUUGGAGUUAGCAGUUUCUCAGAUAACAUCAUAGACACUGGAUGUCGGACAAAGAUUCAGCAAAGCCGUUCCCACAACACAUUAUGCAGUGUAGUAAACUCAGUGACCGAUUCAUUAGGACGCCUUGGCUGUGUAGGAAGUGAUGGGAGGGGGCAAAGUAGAACAACGCGGGAUGGUUCGCUACAUUAUGUUGAACAACAAGGUGUAAAGACAAAAGGUAUUCUGACCGCAAGACAGGAAUUCGAAGAAUGUCCCCAUUUUGGCAUUAAUAAGCCGAUAUCUCAAACAGAAAUAACCCAAGGUAGUCACACAAAUCAUGGUGGAAACUACAUGGCGGGCGAAGGAAAGGACAUCAGUAAACAUAAUAAUGAUGGUAAGGUACUUCAGGGCAUCCCACCUAACUCCAUGAUACGCGUUGAUGCUCUGUGCAAUACAGGCAAUUCCGAUGGCAUAGAUGAGCCUUAUACAGGUGAAACUGAUUCUGUAAGUCCUGACAAACUACUUUAUCAGAACAGCAAGCUGGUUGACCCCUUGACCCUGACGCUAGCGAGCCAUGACUUGGUCUUACCUGAUGAACUAGCCUCUGGCGACCCUCCGCGCACAGCAGAUGUCAACAGGGUUGACGAAGACAUCGUCCAUACCCGGGGACACAACAUGACUAUCCCGAGAACUUGUCAGUGUUCAGAUGGAGACAUCAUCAGACAUUCCCACGGACACGACAUUACGAAUCAAGGAAACUACCAGGGUCCGAACUGUGAGAUGCACCAGUGGGGAGACAGAUGUCGUCAUGACGUCACAGAGUUCUGUUACACCGUGGCCAAGGGGAUGUGGUAUGUGGCCUCGUCACGUCCGGUUUCAGGGGCAUGCACGAUGAAGGAGAAUGGCGAGGAGGAGGAGGAGGAGGAGGAGGAGGAGGAGGAGGAGGAGGAGGAUGAAGAGGAGGAUGAAGAGGAGGAGGAAGAGGGAAAGGACGGGGGAGAGGAGGGAGAGGAGGAGGAGAAAGAGGAGAAGCCUGGAGGAGGUGGUCCUGAUUUGGAAGUGGUGGGGACAGUGGUCAUCGAAAAUCUGAGACCUCCAGUGACUGGAACCGUCUUUGUCCGGUCUUCUACUCGUCCAUCUAGCGAUUGGGAGAGCGAUGAACGAUGUUCCCCAGUUGACGGUCAGCCAAUAGAAGUAGUGAUGGAAUAUGACUGGUCUCUCUGAAAGGGCGCAGAAAGAGAAUAAUUUCCAGAACAGUUCUGUGGUAGUCACAUAUUGCCAGUACUAGUUUUUCAUUACGCUUGCCUCUACCACAGAACUAGGUGACGUGAGUCGCACAGAUGUCUUUUUUAUUAUGAAUGCUGUUAAUUACUCCAUUUAGAAAAUUCCUUCUAUGAAUAUAAUGUGCUACAAUCCUCUCUGUUACAACCACCAUUUAUUUAAAUCCCAUGAACUUCUUUCUCUCUUUUUUUUUGUGGUAAUCUAUAAUGAAAAUUGUUGUGUGUCAUAGCUAAUGUUUUUAAAAAAAAAUACGUUCCUUCCUUCUAACUCUCACUUAACAAUGCUGUACAAAAGAUAAAAACGUCUUAGAGCUUGCAUAAUGGUUUACUUUCAAUGCAAUGGGCAAAGCUCCUACCCCACAUUUUGGAUCAUGCUGUAGCUUAAUAAUUGCAUACAUUUAUAAUACAUCAUGUACUUUUUAUAUAGUGUCAGGUUACAAUGAUUCCUACACAAUCAGUAAACUAUGCUUUCCCCCUCCCAACAGAGGAUGAUACCUACAAAUCUUAUCAAAAACACUUAAUAAUGACAGGUAAAGGGCAGGGAAAUGAAGUGUUCUAGGUUUGACAUCAGUCCAAUUACAGGAUCAUCAUGCAGCAGCUGUUCUUUGUGAUGGAGAAAGCUGGCUAACGUCACAUUAGCAGAGGUAAUUAUUGUAUAAUGUAGAAAACGCCACUGUUUUCAAUGCUUCCUCAAUUUCUGAAAGGAAAUCAGUACUAAAUAGAGCAGCUUUUUUUUAGGUGUAGGAGACAAAGUACUGUGAUAUAUUUGUAGUUUUAUCUUUUUGUCUGCUUGUCUGACGUGUUUUACGUUCAUCCCAUUUAGUACCAGAAAUGUAUUCUACAAUUUCAUUUAGCUUAUCCACAAACUCAUAUGACAA